AUGGAAGACGUGGCCAAUUCCGCGAGCGCAGCUCGGAUGUCGACAUUGUCUCCAUCUCGUUGCAUAAAGAUGGUUUUCACGAAAUGGAAGGAAACCAAAGCUCACAACCCAGGAGGUGCACAAAAAGAUGUCGAUACUACGUGGCACUCUCAAGAGGAUGUACUGUUACGACUCUCGCAUAGCCCGAUGUUAGCGCCAACGUUCUGGGCUCCUUUGGUAUCGCGCAGGUACAGCAUUCGACUCCAGAUUUCACUCUCUGGGAUCGGGUCCGCAAAGUUCGAAUUGGUGGUCCCUGUGCAAAUUGUGUAUGAUGAUGAAACAAAUGUCCCGGAACACAACACUCUGGAAAUGAUGACUUAA